GGGGCGUGCAUUCGGCGCACUGUUAUCGAGAGAUUGAUGGCAGGGGUGGGCGUGUUUGUUGUGUAGUCACGUGCUAUGGAGCAGGCGGAGGAUGUGGGCGGUGCUAGUUUGACAGGACCUCGGUCCCGCACCUCAACUUAGUAGUCAGUCUGAAGCUGCCGGCGCGGCUGGACCAGGCGAGUCUUCUGUUCUCUCGUCCGUCCCUUUUCGCCUGCAGCCAUGUCAGUUACCGCCCGCCCUAAGGUUUGGGUCCGGCCCGAUCCUCACUCUGGGAACAUGCCAGCUUGGAAGCGAGAGGUUUUGGAGAGAAAGCGGGCUAAGAAGCAGGGCGUCCCUGUCGGAACCCCAGGAAGGGACGGCUCCCCACACCGCAGGCGCUCUGACAGGGGUCGCAGCUCAGGAAGGAAAUCAAGCCCUGCUGCUGGGAUGUCUGCCAGGGCCCCAAGUCCAGGAGCAGCAGGGAAGUCUGUGAGGGCCCCAAGUCCAGGAGCAACAGUGAAGUCUAUGAGGGCCCCAAGUCCAGGAGCAGCCAAGCCAGUGAGGGCCCCAAGUCCAGGAGCAACAGUGAAGUCUGUGAGGGCCCCAAGUCCAGGAGCAGCCAAGCCAGUGAGGGCCCCAAGUCCAGGAGCAACAGUGAAGUCUGUGAGGGCCCCAAGUCCAGGAGCAACAGUGAAGUCUGUAAGGGCCCCAAGUCCAGGAGCAGUGAAGUCUGUAAGGGCCCCAAGUCCAGGAGCAGUGAAGUCUGUAAGGGCCCCAAGUCCAGGAGCAGUGAAGUCUGUGAGGGCCCCAAGUCCAGGAGCAGCCAAGCCAGUGAGGGCCUCUAGUUCUUCUCUGGGAAAAUCCACCUCUGUGAAAAGGAGAAGUGAUGAUGGAGAGCGUUUGGUGCUGCAGGAGAGUUUGGGGCCUCUGCACGAGAAUCCCUUUAUUAGAUUGGAACAGGAGAGGAGACGGAACAAGCCCAGAGAACCGUCCCCGGCUCCUACCCUGUUGGAAAUGUAUAGUAACGUACCAGGCAUCCGUACCAUUAGAGCCGACCACAUUAUCAUCAUUGAGUCAGACCCUGGAUACUUUAGCGGGACUAAGAAACAGGAGCCUCACAUGGACACAGUGGAGGCCCUUAUGGCCAAGAGUGGAAGCAAGGUUGCUGCAAUUAGGGCUUCUGAGGUUGUCAUUUAUGAGACCGAAGAGCCCAGGCCCCAGAAUGUAGAGAAGGAGCACAACGAAGUGGUCGAGGAGGCUGGAAGAGUAAGUAGAUUGCUGGAAAAAUUUGGCCAUGACCACAGCAGACCCCCACGAUCUAGGAGUUGGGACAAUAUUCUGGAUAGAAGGUCCAGCCCAUCCAGAGAUGAUAGCAACAAGAUGCCAGAUUUGCCAAAUCAGACAGCCCCACUGAGGCACAGCCAAGCCACGGUCAACAAGGCCCCCAAGCGCUAUGGAGAAAUCUCUCCUUUAUCCACUUCCUUCUCGGAGGAAAGUAAACGCUUCCCACUUAAUGACCCCUCGUGGCUACCUUCCAAGCCCUCUCCUGUUGUUUCCUUGCCUAGCAUAUUGUAUAAAAAACCUUCCAGCCCAACAACCUCUCCAGUAACUUCCCCUGCUUUAUCAUCCUCAACUUUUGGACUUCGGUAUGAAACCUCUACAGAUGAGAAAGUUGUUUCACCCAGUGUGGCAACCUUUAGAGAAAGGUUUGAAGCUGGCUCCACUGCAGAUAAUCUACCCCUGCCCAAAGCACUGAAUCCCCAAAAGAAGACUGGAAAUAACACUUUUGUUGUCAACCCAAAGGCUGCCUCUCAUACCAAGGGGAAACCUGAGACAAUUGGAGUACAACCUAAAGAUGUCCCAGUGCUUACAAAUGGUUACAUUGACCAUCCUGAUGAGAAAACUAAGCCUAAAGGGCAGGUCAGUGUCCAAGAUUUACUAUCAAAAACUAAGCAUAGCAGGACCUCCCUUGCUGGAAGGUCCAGUGAGGAACACAGACAAGUGCCAUCUGCCAGUGUUUCCACAAAUCAUAUCUCCAAGGCUGACAACUCAAGGAGGCCAAAGUCUGAGCCAGACAUUUUUAAUAGUAAUUCUUUAAAAUCGAGUGCCACUAAAUCAGAAACCACUGUACCUGAUCACUUUAAACCAACUUUGUCUAGUGCCACCCCUAACCAACAAAAAAAGGUUUCCUCUUCCACAAGCAGUAACCGUUCCUUCGAGAUCAGGCCAGCUGUAAAACCAGAUCCUAGCAGCAUCCCAGACGGGGACAUCCAGGCAAAGGCGCUAGCAAAUAUCCGAAUGCAGUCUAAAAAUUCUUUUGUAUUCAUCCCAAAGAAAACCAACCCCCCUGUAUCAAAUCAAGGCCAUGAGGUGCAAAAAGUUUCCAAAGAAAAGCCAAAAGUCAAUGCACCUACCACAAAUGGCCCAAAGUUAGAUAAUAGAGACUUUCCCAUAGAUAGUGGUAUACUUUCAAAUGGACUGCCUCCAUCUCAAACACUCCAGAAAAACACUGCUUAUGAUACAGACAGUGAACCAGAAGUCGAUUCUCUGACGCAGAAAGCAUCCAGUGUGCCCUCACUUUCAGACUUUGAUUGGCAAAGUGGCCUUUUGCCAUCUCAUUCUUCCACAGAAGGCCAUUCUUUCACCGACAAAGGGUCAGAACUGGAGUAUUUAAGUAGUAUACAUCAAAACAAUAAGGGCCCUUUGUCGGUGACACACAUUCAGGAUGACUACCUUAAACCUGAGAUCCCUAUCACAAAUAUAGAUGAUAUAGUGAAUUCGGACAUAAUGGAUGGGAAUGUUCAGGCCAAUGUAGCUGUCAAUGGUAACGAAUCCCCACUACCUUCUUAUCGGCCUCAUGCUCCCCUAUCAUCUUCUGUCCACAAUAAAUCUGGCAACACCUUCACCAUAGUGCCGAAAAGAAAACCAGUUAUAGAACAGGAGCCCGUACGAACUCCUGUGCUGAAGGAAGAGGAAGAUGAAGAUGCCAGCUCUAAAAGGACUGAGACUCCCUAUUCUGAAAUUGGAGCAAUGCUCAAGAAGCGAUACCCAACAGUGGAUGAAAUUCAAGUGGUCGGGGGAUACCAAUCACUGUCCAAAUCUUGCCUGUCUGCGAAUGGUUCCUCAAGGAAGAAGAUGAAGAUCACGUUCAAUGAGAAGAACAUCCAUAAAAUCUUCGAGUACCCGUCGGAGAACUCACUAGCGGACGACACUGGGGAAGAAGAUGCAUACGAGGGGUCAGGCUCGGAAUAUGAGGAAGAGGAGAAGCUGAACGAUCACUUCUUCCCACGGGCAAAGUUUCCCAUUCCCGGCAAUGCCCAUAACUCAGGUCUGUCCGAUUACACUGCACAGCAGUACGGCACUGCGGCCCCCCAACACGGCAAGGCUCUGGGAGAUGACACGCUGAGCCCGGAUGAAAGCAGCAAGCUGGCGCUGUACUUCUAGAGGAGCCCCCAUGUUCCACUCCAGCAGAAACAUCACUGCCCACAACUCCGUCCCUCUGCCGCAGCCCGGCCUGGAUUUCAGCUACGGACCUUGGCCAUUAUGGGAAAUGCAUUUUACUGCAUUGUGUGACUGAAUUUUGCACCCAAUCCUGUCUCACUAUACACUUCCACUCCGUGCGACUCCCAUUAUAUCUAUGCACUGUAUCUAUGCACCGGCGUCCCCCCUUGAGACUGAAUCCCCGGAGCUCUGUUAAUUAUAUUAAUUAGCAAGUGGCUUUUCACCAAAUCUCUGUGUGUCUGUGAACUCCGCCUCUUGCGUGGGUCGGUAGGUCGGCUCUGGUUUGGAUGCGAUUGUGUAGUGUGUGUGUGGCCCUCAUUGUGCUGUGUAGCUGGGGGGGAUGCUUGUGCUCUCACUAUCUGCUCUUGUGUUGCACGUGGAGUACAGUGACUGGGGAGAGCUCUCUCUCUCUAUAUAUAUCUUUAUUUAUAAUGUAAAGUCCUCUGAUGAUUAGGCUGCAGUGUGACAGGGGGCUGUGCCUCAGUAUCAGUGGAUAGUGGAGAAGCAGUGCGUGAAUGUGAGAAUUGACUCUCUUUCUCCUCGCGCUGCGCAGCAGUCACAUCCAUCAGCUCAGGGUUCAUAAGACAAAAGGAGUAAAGUCCUGUCGUUAGUUAAAUUAACGAGUAACCCAACAGCUCGUCAGCUGACUCCUCCAGGCCACUUGGUACCAACCCAAGAAAUGAAUCUGUUAAAGGGCGCUCCUAUUGCUGGCACAACCCCAUGUGUCACAUGGUAUGACUUGGGCACUGACAGCGGGUACCUCUUGCACAGGGGCACCAGAUAUUCUCCCCUCCCCCUGGGAGCCGCUGUCAUGUGACUCCAUGAGAUUAUUUAUUAUUCAGUAAGAUUUCCAGGUCAGUCCAUAUCCAGUCCUGCUCUUGUAGUGUGCAGCCUACAGCAGCCGCUCCAUCAUUACUGAUUUGCAGUUCUAUCCUCCUCUCAUUUUAUUGUUCUCCUGGCAAAAUGUAAACCAGCACAUUGCUAUCAGGAGUACCCCCCAAAGCACUGAAUGGACUGGUCCUGAAUGAAUGUCAAAAUAAAGUGUGCUGUUGCACAACCAGUGACCAAUCUGCUUGUGUGGCUGUACCCAGAACAUAAUAGGCUGUACCCCAAUCUUUAGUAAAUGUGCAACACUGAAUGCCUUACUAGGUCCCCUAAUCAAGGGCCCCUCUCUACUUCAACCACUUUAUUUGCUCUCUCAUCUUCAACCUGUGCCUCUCCAGCUGUUGCGAAACUACAACUCCCAGCAUGCCUUGCAAAUAGGGUUGCCUUUUCUGGAAAAAAUCCCGGCCUUCCUAUAUAUUUAUCUUUUUUCCUUAUUAAUAACAUUGGGAUCAACCAUCAUUUCUACCAGCCAGGCCCUUAAAAUAGCAGCCAGGUGGCAAGCCUUCUUUGCUAAGCUACAGCUCCCAGCACUCUAAUCGCUGCACUCCAGCAGCACCUGGAAAGCCACAGGCUGCCGAUUAAUAGCUGUACUGAUUUAUGAGAAACUGUAUUUUUAUAGAAAAACGUAAUUUCCAACUUUUCCACUAUUUUCUUACUUCUGACGUUGCCCCUUUUGCACCAUCUGUUUUAUUGUCGUUUACCUUUAAAUACUCCGAUAGUCUAUUUUGCACUUGAUUUCAUAAUGUUUAUAUCAGUAAUUGUUCAUAUAAUUAAUAUAUUUCAUGAAUCAAUGUGUAAUUGUUUCCUGUUUGUACUAGCUGUUUACUGUUUGUUUGUACUAGCCGUUUCCUUUCUGUACUAGCCAUUCCUGGUUAUGCGGCCAAAUACUGACUUUUUAUUUCCCUUGUGUUGAAAAUGAAUGGACCUCACUUGAGUGUGAUGCUUGUGGGUCUGGCUCAGAACUUUGUCACUUUGUAUCCAGACCCAGCAGAGACAAUAAACAUUGUCAGUGCAAGGAAA